GUAGAACGUAACGUGGUGGGGGUAAUAACGCAGGCGGAAGUGUGUAUGUCAUGCUGGAACAUUGAGGAUCUCUGUAACUGGAUUGGAGUUACUGGAUUCAUUCAAAGAUUUUAUAAAACGAAAGCGGUCAAUAUCCAUAUGUCUCCGGCCUCUGGAAUGUUGCUGGACGAGACUCCUCUGUUUGAUCCUUCUCUGCUUCAAGAGCUGGACUGGAGCAGCAACACUGUCUCCUUCUCUCCUGCCAUUUCUCCCUCUCAGCCUGGAGAAGGUCUGGUCCUCCGUCCUCUUUGUACUGCUGACCUAGACAGAGGCUUUUAUAAGGUCUUAUCACAGCUGACAGUGGCUGGGGAUGUCACAGAAGAACAGUUCAAAGCAAAUUUUGAACAUAUGAAGAAAUCUGGAGACUAUUACGUCAUAGUGGUGGAAGACACAAAUCUUGGACAGAUUGUUGCCACAGCAACACUCAUCAUAGAGCACAAAUUUAUCCAUGCUUGUGCAAAAGGGGGGCGUGUCGAAGAAGUGGUUGUGAGUGAUGUAUGCAGAGGAAAACAGCUGGGAAAACUGUUGGUAUCAACAUUGACUCUCCUCAGCAAAAAAUUGCAGUGCUACAAAAUAACGCUGGAGUGUGCCCCGAAAAAUGUGGAGUUUUAUAAGAGGUUUGGCUACUCUGCUUCAGAUGAGACUUACAUGCAGCGCCGGUUCUUUGACUAAAUCCAAAAGAAUCUUGAACAUCAUAGAAUGUUUGCUUUAGAACUCUUAAUCUGUUCUAUUUUCUGAGAUUAGACUACCUCGAACUUGCACCUUUUUAGCUAGCAAAAAAAAGAAAAACUUGGUAAAUUGGUGACAAGUUUUGUCACAGUAUCAAAAUAUUCUGAAAUAAUGCGUUUUGAAUUCACUACAACACAGAACAAUGCGCAUAUUCAAGAACGUCUCUAAAUGUACGCAGCCAACAUCAAGCACUUGCUUUGAAAGUUAUUCAGUUGUCUGUUUAAAAUGUGUUUUCACUUCACAUAACUUGCUAUAGAAACAGAAAUCAUGUCUGAUCACAUAUAGAAUGUAGUUUACAUCGUCAUUCACGAUAAGUAACACUGUGGCCUGUCUAAGAGAAAAGCAAAACAUUUUGUUUUAUAGAAGGGCUUACAUACUUGAAUGUUUUCUAAUGUAAAGAUUUAUAUAUAAGUACAUUUUUUUGAAGAGGGAAAACCGUUUCGAACCCAUUUAGUUUCCAAAUAUUCUUUUUAAAAAACAAGUUUGAGGCACAUUUCCCUCUUUUUCUUAAAAUGUUAAUGCUGUGUUUUGUGCUUUAUUCUCUUUAAAAUACCAAAACUCAAAUCACAUUUUUCAUUCUACAAGUGAGUACUAUGAAAGCCGUAUUGAAACGGUUUUUAAUUAUUUCAGUUAUCUUGCAGGUACUCGUUUUCAACGUAGAAAUCAGUAAUAGAAAAAAAUGUUUACAUUUAUUGUGCUUAAUGUGUAUUUUCUCAAUUCUGGCUUUAGUCUUAGCCACUGGUGAUAAUCAUUAGUCAUGUGUAAAACCUAGAUGAAGGAAAAUAAAUUAUUUUGAAUAAUGAAUGAUGCAAGAAUGAAAGCAUAUCUUUGUAUGCUAAAUGUCUUUAUUUUUGUAUUUUUCACUGAUAGCCGACAAAUUAGGGGCAUUCAAAUACUUUGUCUCAUCUGUCAAUCAACAGCCAAACAUGUGGCAGUGAUGGUAUUUGUGCUUUUAUAGCUGUUAUAUUUGAUGUAUCACCAAUGAAUGGUAAAUGGGUGAAUGGAUGAAAUGUUUAAUUAAAAAUCAAUUAUAAAUCUCAA